AUGGGCGCGCCAAGGUCGACGCCGAGGACGCUGCUGCGGCGCAGCCGUCCAAGCCCGCGCGCGCGCCAGGCUUGGAGCGGACGCCGUCGCCGGUUCCCCCGUGGUGUGGAGGCCGAGGCGCGGGGCAUGACCGUGUCCUGCUUCUUGUGGGCCAAGCAGGCCCUUGCCGAGGAGGAGCAGAGGGUUGAGGUGUGGCAGAUGGUGGCAAGGUGCGAGGAGCACAUAUUCUUCAAGGACACAGGUACCCCAGGCGGCGCCGAGGACGCCGUGAGGGUGCUGAUUCCGAAGCAGGACCUUGAGCGCGAAGACAGCAGAUAG